AUGUUCCGACCAAGCGCUUUGGUGAAUCUUGUUGGUCGGGUGUUCUCGACUGCACCCAGAGCACCCAGACCGUCUCCUCUCAACCCUAUUCCUGUCGGACCGAUUCGUCUCAUCCGUCAAACCCCUCGCAUUCCUCCUCCUUCUCUGGUUUGGAUACCUGUCGUUGCGUGUUUGAUAGAAUUGACUGACUCCCCUCCACAGAGUGAUAGCCAACUCAACAAGUCUCCUGUCAAGAUGCCAAAACCGUCGACUCCCGUUCUGGACGGCACAGACUUCUGGCCCAAUGAAAGUGUGAAAGGUCCACAACGGCGGAACCCUGCACGCUCUGUUGGAUUUACUCAAAUCCGGUCUGCACGUUCGGGCAAGAACACGCAGCUGAAGUCAAUCUUGAAGCCCGAAGGACGGAUAAUUGUGGCUCCCAAAAUCAAGCUCAGGCCUUGGGUUAAGCGCAAGGGCGUCCGGUUUGAUCAAGAGAUCGAAAUCAUCACCAUCGAUAGAUGGAUUGACCCAUUGGAACACUUGCACUCCGCUAAUUGGGAUUUAGAAACCUUGCAUCGUCACCGAAAGGCGCAAGAGAUCGCACAGAACGCUAAACUCGAGAAGGCCGAAGCCGAAAAGGCCCGACCUCUCCGCUCGGCCAUGGCCAAGGGUAAAAGCACUAUGAGAAAGUGUUACGAUGCUUUCUUCAAAGUGAAGCCGACCAAGCGCGUUCAGUUUGACGAGUAUUGCACCGUGACGGAGUUCGAGCGCCACAUCGAUCCCGAGAAGGACGUCCAUCCCGAGAGCGAGUUCGGCAAGGGUAAAUACCUGACGGCUUGGAAAGUGAAGCACAAUCCCGAGUACGAUUUCGAGAUGAUCGGCGGUCGACGAGUGAUCUCGAGAAAGGAUAGCCAUUACACGACAUGGUGGAGUACUGCUCCCUGGGGCCAGAUGUAUCGCCACAUGGAACCCUGCCGCCAAGGGACAAUGUGCUCCUGGAAUGAAAUCGCCGACCUGCAAAACCAAAAUCCCGACUGGUAUCCCGCGGAUGCAGUGGCAGUAUGGCUAGGCAUUCGGAAAAGGCUCAGGAUCAAAUAUGGUCCAUUCUGGGCCUGA